AUGUCUAAAGAAGAGAAAACAGAUGUUGAAGAUAUAGAUACAGACAUAGAAAAUAGUGAAGAAAAGAAACAAGGUGCAAGACAACCAAUUUUACUCCCAAAAAGUGACUGGUUUACAGUCCUGCUUGUUGAAAAGAUUCAUAAACAAAAUUUUCACAUAGGUGUUUCUCAGACACUUUCUCAAAUACGAUUCAGAUUUUGGAUUCCACAAGGACGUUCCGUGGUGAAAUCUGUGUUACGGAAAUGUAGAACUUGUCGAUAUUUUGAAGGUGGACCUUACAAAAUGCCACCAUUCUCACCGUUGCCGUCUUCAAGAGUACAAAAAUCAACUCCCUUUUCAAGAAUUGGACUAGAUUAUUUCGGACCACUCCUAAUUAAGACAACGGAUGGACCACGAAAAACAUGGGUAUGUCUUUUCACGUGUUUGGUUACUCGAGCUAUCCAUAUGGAGCUUUUACAAGACAUGUCUGCAGAAGAAUUCCUAUUUGGAUUCAAACGCUUUGUAUCACAAAGAGGUACACCAACAAAAAUCCUUAGUGAUAAUGCAUCUCAAUUUAAAUCAGCAAGUGAAACUAUAAACAUCAUUUGGAGAAAUGUUUGUGCAAGUGAUGAAGUGCAAUCUUAUGUUGCAAAUUGUAGAAUAAAAUGGAAAUUCAUCGUUGAAUUAGCUCCAUGGAUGGGAGUAGCAUAUGAAAGAUUGGUUGGAAUUGUAAAAAGAUCUCUUCGUAAAUCUUUAGGUCAUAAAAUCCUUACUUUGAUCCAAAUGCAAACAUUAUUGAAAGAAGUUGAGGCAACAGUGAAUUCAAGACCGUUGGUGUAUGUCAACGAUGACAUUAACUCAAAUAUUACACUGACACCAAAUCAAUUUCUGGGUUUGAACCCGAAAACUGGCAUUCCAACAACAACUACAGAAGACAUGGAUUCUGACUAUUCACCGUAUGAAAUUACAAGUGUAAAACUUUUGUCAAUUUGGAGAAAAGGUCAACAUGUUUUAAACGAAUUCUGGAAGAUAUGGAGAGAAGAGUACUUAACAAACCUUCGUGAGCGAAUGCAGUCAGAACUGAAAUCCAAGAAAACACAAUCACCUUACUGCGCUCAGGUUGGAGAUGUGGUUCUAAUUAAAGAAAACUUGCCACGUGGAGUUUGGAGAAUGGGACGAAUUUGUGAGUUACUUCAAAGUCGGGAUGGGCAGAUUAGAUCUGCAAAAGUAAAUACAGCGACUGGGAAAGUUCUUGGCAGACCUCUUAAUUUGCUAUACCCAGUUGAGUGUGUCAGCCAGAGAUAUUCCGAGAUGAAGAAACUGGCAGAUGAUCAAAAAGGAGCCGCGCCUGUGUGCUCCUUUGUGGAACCAAGUAAUCCUUUUGCUCGCAAGGCUUCAGAUGAUGCCAAAAGAAAGAUCAAGGAAUUGUUUAAUAAUGAUUAA